CUCUCUCUCUCUCUCUGAGUGUGAGCUUAAGCUUCGUUGCAACCGAAGCUCGUCACUCUCUCUCUCUCUCUCUCUCUCUCUCUCUCUCUCUGUGUGUGUGUAAUGGUGUGGGUUCUUUUCUCUACGCCCAUCUGUGUUCUGUAAGUAACAUGAACAGAAGAACCACCUGUAGGGUGUGCAUUGUACGCCUUCUGUUAUGAAUCUGGAGCCUCAACUUCAGCGCUUCACCACCUGUGAUCGUCACCCAGAAGAGAACUUCACUGGCUUCUGCCCAUCAUGCUUGUGCGAACGCCUCGAAGGUUUGGAACCGGCGACCCGCCGAGGGAAGAACAAUCCAUCCGCUUCUUCCUCCAACUCCACCGCCGUCUCCGCCCUCAAAGCCAUUUUCAAGGGGUCUUCCGCUGCUGCUGCCGGUGACAAUGGUGUCGGUAAUCACCGUAACAAACCUUCCUCCUCCUUCUUCCCCGAGCUUCGUCGCUGCAAGUCUUUCUCUGGUGGUAAAGGAGAGGGAUUCUCUGGUGUUUUCGAGCCCCAGCGUAAGUCCUGCGACGUUCGGGGUCGGAGCACUCUCUCGACCCUCUUCAACCUCGACGACGAAAGGAAGACGGACAAUAACAAUAACAGAAACAAAGAGGGCUUGGUCUGGGGUGGAGAGGUUGAGGUCGAAACCAGGAACUUGGGUUUUUCUGGGGUUGGAGGACCAGUCUUCGAGUCUAGGGAAGGGGAAGAGGAAGAGACUGACGAGGAGAUUAGGGUUUCUGAGGAGCCCGCGGCCCCUAAUGUGAACAAUUUUGUUGUUGCUGAAGAGAGAGUCCCAGAGAUCGAGGAGGAGGAGGAGGAGGAGGAAGAGGUGGAGGAAGAGGAGGACCAACAGGAUGAGCCAGUGGUAGAAGAGGAUGUGAAGACCAUGAAGGACCACAUAGAUCUCGAUGCCCAGAGCAAAAAGCCUCCCGGCAGGGACUUGAAGGAGAUUGCUGGAAGCUUCUGGUUGGCGGCUUCGGUGUUCAGUAAGAAGUUGCAGAAAUGGAGGAGGAAGCAGAAGAUGAAGAAGCGUGGCGGCGAUUGCGGUAGUUCAACAGCAAUGCGGGCUGAGAAGCCCUCUGGGAGGCAUUACAGGGAGACGCAGUCGGAGAUCGCGGAUUAUGGUUUUGGACGGAGAUCUUGUGAUACUGAUCCGAGGUUCUCUCUCGAUGCCGGUCGGAUGUCCUUCGACGAUCCUCGCCAUUCGUGGGACGAACCUCGUGCUUCUUGGGAUGGUUAUCUCAUCAGUCGGACUCUUCCACGGCUUCCUCCGAUGCUGUCGGUAGUUGAAGAUGUUCCUGCCCCUGUUCGAAGGGCUGAUAAUCUGAUCCCUGUGGAAGAGCAACCUAGGUAUUCCACGGCCAAUGAGGAUGACACCACUCCCGGUGGAUCGGCUCAGACUCGGGACUAUUACUCCGAUUCAUCGUCUUCGCAGAAGCGGAAAAGUCUUGACCGUUCCAACUCCAUUCGGAAGAUGGCGGCCGCCGUGGUGGCAGAGGUUGAUGAGACUAAGUCAGUUUCCAAUUCUAAGGUGUCUCCUGCGACCAUUGAUUACUUGCAUGGAACGAAGUUGCAUGUUACAGAUAGAGAUCUGAAGGAUUUGAACUCGAAUUCGAACACCAACUCUCUCAGAGACGAUUGCUCGGAGAGCUUUGAGUCUGCCUUCAGAGAUGCUACUUCUGUCGUGGGUCGUCUUGAACGAAAGGGUUCUAAGAAGUCCCGGAGAUGGAGUAAGGCGUGGAAUAUUUGGGCUUUUAUUCAGAGACGCAAUGGCAGCAAGGAUGACGACGAUGAGAGGUAUUGCAGGGGAAAUGUGGUGGAACGCUCCUUAUCAGAGUCCUGGCGAGAGCUUGGUAGGGAUGCCAAUGGAGAUGCAAGAGGGGCUUUGAAUGGAAAGGUCUUCCGCUGCAAUAGCAGUGUCAGCUCAAGGAGUUCCUUUAGCAACGGGGUUGGGGGUUCACUUGGCGGCAGUUUAAGGAGAAGUGGCAGAGAAUCCAAUGGGAAUGGUAAGAAGAGAGAUGAUUUUGUGUUGGAACGUAAUCGGAGUGCAAGGUUUAGUCCCAACAAUCUCGAUAAUGGUCUCCUGCGAUUCUACUUGGCGCCACUGAGCGGUAGUCGAAGGAAUGGCUCUGGGAAUAGUAGAUCCAAGAAUUCACAUUCUAUUGCCAGGAGUGUAUUGCGAUUGUACUGAUUCAAAGGUGUAUCAGGUGUUCUUCAAUCAAGUGUUAAUUUUACCAUUUUUGAUGUGUAAACGCAUAUAUCUAUCUAUUUCUUCUUGUUAUUGGGUUGAUAAAAAGCACAUGUUGAUGUUGCCUUCCCCAUGCUUAGCAUGCUUUUGUCAAUCUCGUAAAUAAUGAGAAUUUCCAUAUUUCUUCAUCUCUA